UGGCCGAAUUGGCUCGUAAGAGAAACAGUGUUCUGUGCUGCUGAGCGCUGUCAGGAUUUUAUUUCCUUUGUAAAAAUGGAGCACCUUGAAUUCCAAUGAAUAUUAUUAGGUAUUUUGUGUGGAAGUGAAGCGAGGUGGUGUGGUGUCGGUGUUAGGCUUUAUUAUAUUAACGACACCAUGUUCAGUGGCACGGUGCGUGUUAAAGUGUGUGAGGCAACGGGCCUCCGACCGACCGACUUUCAGAAACGGCAUAAUAUGACCUUCGGGAAGCCUGAUCAUCAACCAAUAGACCCAUAUGUAUCUAUUGAUGCUGAUGAACACCAUUUAGAUCGAUCCAGCACUAAACCUAAAACAUUUGACCCUGUAUGGAAUGAAACAUUCAUACAUGAAGUUCAAAACGCCACUAACUUGGGCAUCACUGUAUUUCAUGAUGCUGCCAUACCUCCGGAUGAUUUUGUAGCAAACUGUACCAUACCUUUUGUGGAUUUAAUGCACCGUGAGAAAGAUGCCACUGAUUUCUGGGUGGACCUAGAACCUCAAGGCAAGAUACAUCUGAAAAUUGAUUUGAAAUGGAAUUCUCAAGGCGGGGGCGGCGCGGUGAGCGCCGGGGCGGGCGGGCCGCGGCGCGAGUUCAAGGAGGGCGCGGGGUUCGCGCGGCGCCGCGGGGCGCUGCGGAGGCGUGUGCACCAGGUGCACGGACACAAGUUCAUGGCCACCUUCCUGCGACAACCCACCUUCUGCUCGCACUGCCGCGAGUUCAUAUGGGGUCUCGGGAAACAAGGAUACCAGUGUCAAGUAUGCACGUGCGUGGUGCACAAGAGAUGCCACUCCUCCGUCGUCACCAAGUGUCCGGGGAUGAAGGAAGAGCAACAGGGCGCGGCUGGCGGGCAGCGGUUCAGCGUGAACUUGCCCCACCGGUUCACGGUGCACUCGUACAAGCGGUUCACGUUCUGCGACCACUGCGGCUCGCUGCUGUACGGCCUCAUCAAGCAGGGGCUGCAGUGUGAAGCGUGCUCCAUGAACGUCCACAAGCGCUGCCAGAAGAACGUAGCCAACAACUGCGGGAUCAACACUAAGGAGUUGAGCGAGAUGCUCAGUGACUUGGGCAUCACGCCGGACAAGAAUACUCGCCCCAGGGCUUCCAAGUAUCUCAACACUUCGCUGCUUGAGGGCUCCGCGGACUUCCUCGCAGAUGACAAGGACCCGGACCGCUAUCCAGACAAAGGAGUGAUCGAGCAGCGUGGCCCGCAAGCGGAGGACUCGGCCUGGCGCGACCUCGAGGAUAUCUUCGGCUGCCACCCAGGGUCCGAAGGCGAGGGCGGAGCGACGGGCGAAGGGGGCCUGAAGGUGUCGCUGGAUGACUUUCAUUUCAUCAAGGUGCUGGGCAAGGGAUCCUUCGGAAAGGUCAUGCUGGCGGAAAAGAAAGGCACUGAUGAGGUGUACGCCGUGAAGGUGCUCAAGAAGGACGUGAUCAUCCAGGACGACGACGUGGAGUGCACGCUGACCGAGCGGCGCGUGCUGGCGCUGGCGGCGCGGCACCCCUUCCUCACGGCGCUGCACUGCGCCUUCCAGACGCCCGAGCGGCUGUUCUUCGUGAUGGAGUACGUGGAGGGCGGCGACCUCAUGUUCCAGAUCCAGCGCGCGCGCAAGUUCGACGAGCCGCGAGCCAGGUUUUACGCGGCGGAGGUGACGCUGGCCCUGCAGUUUCUCCACUCCAACGGCGUCAUCUACCGCGACCUCAAGCUCGACAACAUCCUGCUGGACAGCGAUGGACACUGCAAGCUGGCCGACUUCGGCAUGUGCAAGGAGGGCAUCGUGGAGGGCGUCACCACCACAACGUUCUGCGGGACUCCGGACUACAUCGCUCCUGAGAUCCUCCAGGAGCUGGAGUACGGGCCUUCGGUGGACUGGUGGGCGCUGGGCGUGCUGCUGUACGAGAUGCUGGCGGGGCAGCCGCCCUUCGAGGCCGACAACGAGGACGAGCUGUUCGAGAGCAUCCUGCACGACGACGUGCUGUACCCCGUGUGGCUCUCGCGCGACGCCGUGUGCAUCCUCAAGGGCUUCAUGACCAAGAGCCCCGCGCGGCGCCUGGGCGUGUCGGGCGGGCCGGCCGGUAUCCGCGCGCACGCCUUCUUCCGCGACGUGGACUGGGAGGCGCUGGGCGCGCGCCGCCUGCGGCCGCCCUUCCGCCCGCGAGCCAAGAGCAAGCGCGACGCGACCAAUUUCGACGCAGAGUUCACGAAGGAGGAGCCGAACCUCACGCCCGUGCCCGCCGACGUGCUGCGCGCUAUCAACCAGGAGGAGUUCAAAGGAUUCUCUUUCGUGAACCCGGACUACAACCCGCAGCCCGCCGGCAACUAACACGCUCCCGCCCACCCCGCGCCGCUACCGCACAUACCUGGAUACCUUUACAAACUUAUUUACCAUUUGGUUUUAUCCUAAAAAUAAUAUAAAAUUUGCCAUCAUUCAGGUUAUCCAUGAAGCAUACAUUUAAAAGUUGGUUGUUCGUAUAAAGUGUGCUAGCUUGCGACCUCUUUGCGCACCAUUUAUGCCUCUCUUUCUUUGUCAUAAUAUAAUUAUUAUAGAUUUUAAGAGACAUUUCUGCUAUAAUGGGUUUUGAUCUGCGGUCAUGAUGAUCAGCGCUGAUGGCAUCAGUUCUCUGACCCAACCCCGAGAGACUGAUACUUGAAAUAUAAUGAAUUAUGCUUGUCACACAACGAAAUUAUAAUAUUCUGAGCCCUGAAUCAAAAUGAUUAAGGUUUUUAAAUGCAUCCAACAUUAGUUUAUUCCUUAAUUUAUUUCGGGUACCGACGAACAACUGCUAUCCCUUUACCAAAAGUGCGCGAGCAAGCGAUAGGUCCGGUGGGCGCGAUCGAAGGGCAUAACGUUCUAGUCACGAGUGCUCGACUCUCCGUCGGCCACUCAGUAUUGCAACCUCCGUACAAGUAUUAUUGUGUUACGGCCGCCGACUGCCAGUGUAACGGCCGAUUGUUGUUAUUUUUUUGUGCAAUAUUCUGGAAACAUGUGUAGAAGAGCUGACAUUUUGUCAUUUAAUUUUAAUUACAUAUUGUUGUAAGCUGCACAACUUAAUUUGUGGUACUUCCGUGAAACUAGGUUAAGUUAAGCUUCGUACACAGAGCCGCCAAGAGUCAACAAUAGUUAGUUGACAUUAAUUGUCGGCCGUCUGUUAAGGCCUCGAGACGCCGCGGCCGCAGCGAUAUCAACGCUUUAUUUUUAGUAUUUGUUAUGUUCGUCUGUUAAAUAUGAGGGAAAUAAAUGAAGCACCGUUUGAAACAUUCUCGCGGCCUAAACCAAGUCUGUGAAGCUGGCUCGAAACAGCUGAUAAUUAUUUCUAUCCGCUGAAACUUACUAUGAAACUAAGUGGUUUUGAAUAAAUUGUUAAGUAUAAAUAUUUGUUGCGACACAAUAGUGUGUCUGUAUAAGUAUGGAAACGGUGAUAAAUAUGGAACGUCUCACGGAGACCGCCGGCGACGACUCGUCUCGAGAUAGCCAACCUGAUGUCGCGUGACACGUGACACUCAGGCCCCGCCCCAGCCACGCCCGUGUCAUCAAAUUAAUUUUCUUGUACAUCUGUCCAUAGAUAUGCCGACCAAUAUUUGUUUUUAUAUUUAUUGAGCAUUUAUUUUGUGGCUCGUAAACGUUACUCUAUCGCAUAAGUUUGUAUGAACCGACCGAGUACCGCGGGGGGCGGGGCGUAUGUGUGAUCGGAACUAGCGUGCAUGUUUGAUUGUGCUUCAAUACUUAUAUUAUUGGCACACAAGUCAAAGCGUUGGGCUCGUAGUGGUCACAGCUAUGCGAGUGUGUUUAAUGUCAAGCAGUUAUUUUGUUGAGCGCCAUUGACCAAACACAAAUUGCACAAUACUCAUUCGUUGAAAUAUGGUUAUACUUCAAAUACUAAUUAUUUCAUUCAAUUUAUUUAUAUAUUAACAAUAGGAAAGUGAGUGGGAAACGAGAAGUCGGCUUCGGGUCCACUGUGUGUUGGGCAGUUGUUAGCGCACUGCUGAGUUAUAUGUGUUAUAUGUCUCGAGGUACUUCCUGGAGGGCUGUACAAAUUGUAGUUAUCAAUUACAAAAUAAUGUUGCAGCCAUCUAUAAAGUAAAUGUUAUCAACCCGGGCGCGGGGUCCGAGCGAUCCAUGUGUCGACGACUGUUCUCCCGCUCACUGAAGUCGGAUCUCUUCGCAGCCUCAACAUUUGACCAACGCAUUCGAGUGUCUGUGAUUGCUGGUAAAUCGUUUCAGUAAUAUCUAUGUCUUAGGUAAUUAAAUGUUCGAUAUAAGUAUAUUUAUAGAUAGGAAUUUUUAUCUCUACAUGUUCAAAUGCAUAUUAUAGAGAUAGGUGGUACUUGGAUGGCUGCGGCCGCCCGGACCUUACCUCCGCUGUCCGGACAUCGCCGUCUCUCAUUAUUGACGCGGUUAUAGUCACUCGUAGCCAUAGUUUAUUUAUAUUUAAUUAAUAUUAUUUAACACUCGUUGUACGAGCAAUAGAAACCCAAGUUAUCUGUAAGUUAGUCAUCAUUAAUGAGAUUAUAGCAUCUAGUUGGUUCAGUCAGUAUUUUAUAUUUGUUACUUUAAUCUCCAGUUUAUAUCGUCAAUGUUACUGUUGUAAUAAUUUUGAAUUAUUUAUGAAUUUUGUGUAUGACACACUUUGCCAGUUAAGAGUGUGGUACGAAUUAUUAUGUGACGUGUACGAAUUAUUAUGUGACGCACGUCGCACAGUACUUCGUGCGGACCUAGUAUUAUCUGUUAGUUGAUAGUUUGUUUGAUACCAAAGUUUAGUUUAGUUGUUUAGGAGAUGCGGCCUGGAGCCUGGAGCGCGUUUUGGCACAAAUGAAGGCUUUAUGUAGACAAUAGUGUAAUUAAUAUAUUAUAUUAAAUAUAUCAACGUAAGUGUUCCGCGCAUAAUGUAUGAGAUGAUUAUUUAAUACAGUGCAGAUUUCUGUUGUAGUUGUGUUACUAAUUGUUUUCGUUUUACCAGAUAUUAAUAAUAUAGAUUGUUAGUGAAUAAAUAACAUAAUGUAUGUGGGCGACUGGAUCGUUGAAGGUCCUACCGACCGUUCAUUGUUAGUAGUAGCUCGACAUAUUUAUAUAUACAGUUACGCCUAAUUGAUGUGUCUGAUUGAUGGGAGCUACGAUUAGAUUCGUACAGCUCCGACCCUUGUUCUACAUGAUAGUUGGUUCCAGUGCUCUGUACAGCACUCAGAUUCCAGUCGAGUCAAGGUUAACAAAACGAGUCACCGAUAUGUAUUUGUUAACACUGACAGAUGAAAUCUGAUUGGUUAUAAAGGUAACUUGUCAACGAGUUGGAGCGGCUCACAGAUCUGUCGUCAGUUUCGUCUAUUUAUUGUAGUCGGUGACGUAUUUCCCGUUGUUAGUGUUUGUGAUGUCGGUUUGCGUUAGUAGUUAAUGUUAAUUCGAUAAAUUGUGAAGGUAGUUUUUACUGUAGCGUAGUAGAGCCAAUCUGGUGUAAUCGAGACAGGAGUUUGUGUCGUGUAGUAUAAGUCAAGGCCUAUUGGAGUGCAAUGUCAGAAUGUUUCCCUGUCAUCCAUGUGACGUCACGUCGUUUGAUGGGCGUGGCCUCCAUUGUUAGUUAGUGCGUGAUAUCGAUACAACACGCGCUUCUCUUAUAGUUGUCGAGUAGAAUGGUGGGCGUUCAUUUCGCUUCGUAUUUGUCGGGCGAGGUCAUUUUCAUUGCUUGUAAGGCCUUUUCUAGACGGAUGUAAUCCAGUGUCCCAUCAGGGAUGACCUUGCUUGAUGUCAUCCAUGUAGACUGCAGGUGUCAUCCAAAUACUGAUAUGACCUUUAUUGUCCUUGGAUUGUAGGCCCAUGAUUCCAUCUGUGGUUUGAGAGCGUGUAUUACAUUCGUUUAACCGGCGGAUUACUUGGAACAAGGACAGUUGCGCUUUAACAGUUACUGCUUGCGGACGUGUUUGAGAAUAAAAAUGUCGCGCGAAGACCACGUCCAUGUCGGUCAGCUAACGCGUUGGAGCUGAGAGUGAGCCGCCCGUCCUCAUCCCGAUGAUGUCUUUGUCAAAAUUCUCAUACAAAAGUUAUGCUCCAACCGAAAAGAAAUAUGGUUUCUGUGUGUCCUUUAUGCGAUUCGUGUAAUGUAUUUUAGUAAAGUGCUUUAUCAUUUGUAUCGCUGUUGUGAGAAGGGUCUGUGAAUUAUUAUUCGGUAUUAUGAUAAUCUUAACACGUCGUCGCUGUUAUUUGCGGUUUUUAUAUAUUUUUAUUUAUUAUGAAUUUUUAUCCAUUUUGACAUAGUGUACCUAGAUUUAUUUGUACCAUUAUAUAUUGUUUAGUGUAACGAUAGCUGGUUAAGUAGAACAAUUAUUGUAUUCAGAGUUGUUAUCGCUUGAUGCGUGAUGAUUAUUAAUAAAUUAUUAAGAUGACGUCACGUCCGCAUGUAAUGCUUCCUUCCGUUUUACAAUGUUGUUGUAUUUUUAAUGUUUUGAGGGGCAUAUGUUGUGAAUAAUUUGUUAGUUGAGUUGUUCCGUCUAUUUUCCUUGUUUGUUAGUUUGUUGGCGAUAUCGGACUCUUAGGCCUGUUGUCCACCAAAGCGGAGAGGAGAGGACAUAAGCCGCGAAGCUAUAUCUCAAUAUGAGCUUUGUUUAUAGCAACGCUUUCGGGUGCGCGAGGCGCGGGAUAUUCGGCCGCCCGCCUAUACAACAUACUAUAGACUAAUGUCUCUGGGCCCGGCCACAAUAUUGCGUUGCGACGUCGCAUCGUAAAAAUCUACGUCUGUUGUGUUAUGGUGCUUGGUCUGAUUUCCUCAUCGUCAAGACUUGAUGUUGUUUUAUAAUGAGAUUUUUUUUCAAAAAUAGGAGUUGGUCGUAUAGAUGAUAUUCUUUAAUUUUUUUGGCCCCAGCUCCGGAUUUACAUUGUGCGUUCAAUUUUUUUUCGUACGAUACGACGCCGCAACUCAGUGUUGUGGCCUGGCCCUCUCUCCUCUCCGCUUGAUCCAUUUCAACCGAAGCUAAGCGGAGAGGAGAUGAGAAAAUAACGAAAUCUGAUUGGUUAUCAAAAUACAUCUCUUCUCCUCUCUGCUUUGGUGGAAACCGGGUAUUAUCCGUAAGCCGCGUACUCGUUAUAGUGAUUCGUUCUGUUAGAUUAGCUUGAGCAAUAUGUCCGCCACGGUGAGCACUCACCCUGGUCGGCAGUCCGAGUGUUUAUUUGAUAAUCUCAGCCGUGAGUUCUGAUUGCCGCGCUGUUGCUAUGUUCUGCCUGCGAUGACGAGUACUAGGUAUAUAAUACAGUUAAACCUGGUUAGGUAGGUUAAGCACGUAUCCCGGACGUGAGAAACUUCUAUUAUUGAGAGUUGCAAUGAGGUCCUGGUUCUUUUUGAUUAAAUUACCUCUGUUAAUGGGACUUUUUGAACCUGGUUAAAUGAGAUUUGAAUUCUAAGACUUUUCGAUGUUUUCCUUUAUAAUUGAGACUCUGUAGGUCAAUUACCUGUAUAGGUGAGACAAAUUUAUCAGGUUUUAACACGUUUUUACAUGUUCACGAAUGCUUAGUUUGUACUUUGUCAGUAUUAUCUCAGUUUUUGACCUAAAAACAAGGGAUUAAAUGUGUGCAAAAUAUCCAAACGUAAAUAAAGCGGGGGUCCUUGUAAAUGAGAGAACCAUAAUUUUAAACCUGCUUAGUUUGAAAACUGGAUUAUUGGAAACCCUCAAUAAUUGGUACAUAUGUCUUGGUCCCUUGAGCUCCCAAUUAACCAGGAUUCACUGUAUAUCUAUAUCCCACAGAGAAUGGAGUUGACUCCUCACAAGGGUGUCAUAGCUGUGGUCAGAUCUCAACGUUUCGUGCCAAAAUAUUAUUUUGAUACUUUGUUACAAGAUCUGUCCUCAAAUAGUUUCGCAUGAAAGUAUAAUCACAAGACGCGUGACGUCCGCUUCGUACGAAGGUUCCCAUGAGCCACCCGCCUGCAACCGAACAAAUAUUGUAGGUUAAACGAGUUAUAAGGAGUUACAUAGUUUAUUUACUUGGAAGGACAUGUUACGUAUAUGAUACAUAUUCUAUUGCAUAUUAUAUUUAUACACGAUUAUUAGUUAAUAUUGAAAUGAAACUAGAUAUUGAAUGUUAUCUUUCCGAAGGUAGUGGCGACGGCUUGUGGUGUUCUUAUGCGCGGUAUGGGGCUCGCUUUUGAGUCAAUAUCGUGUACAUAGCUAUUUAUUUACGACACAAUUAUAUUAAGUCACGCUUCUCAGAGGCGGCGGUUACCAAAGAUUAUAAAGUACAAAAGUGCGAGCACCGCACGCCGUCCCCCUCCGCCACCCCCACCACCGCGACCAACGUUGAAUCUCGUGCCGUGCGUUGGUUUAUUGGUGUGCGUGCUAGUCAUGGUCACCUGUGUAAUGUUACAUUAGAACAAGAGCGUGGUUGGCUGACAACAUGGCGACAAGACGAGGCCGUACUUCGGUGUCGAAUAGAGCCCGCCGUCUGCUGCCAACACUGACCUGUAUAAAUACCACUGGACAGGCUGUUCCAUAUGUUUGACAGCAAAUUUUUUGUGCCUAUUUGAAGCGACACUCGCGAGCGUUCUGAGAACUAAUUUUAACGUAUAAUACAAAUGGCUGCGAAGGAACGUACAAUACUCUGCACAUAGAACAGGUAUAGUAACUAGACAUCGGUUUGGCGUGGCCAACAUGAGACAGAUAUACUUAUAAAUAUAGGUCCAUAAUAUAACACAAGUGUUCUUUUCACUAUCACUUUUACAUCGUAAAACACAACAUCGCACCAUAUUUUCCUUCGAUUUUACUUAAAAUUGUCACUGAUGUUGAAUAAAUAGUGGAUAUUUUACACGUUUCACAACAUUAAUAGCUAGAACUAAUAGACCCAAAUAAAAGUAAACAAAAUAUCUGCAGCGCUGUCAAGUUUGUUUAGCAUACCUGGUGUGCUGACCUUGAAAUUUCUUUACAUAAGACUCGCAUAAGUUUUUCUUUUUUUCGUGUGAGUGAGACGGAAGCUAUCAAUUAGUCUAGUUGCUAUGCUUGGUCUAUGAAGUAUUUUUGCAUGUUGAAUUAAUUUCGUUUGUUUUCCGUGCAUUUAUACUUCAAGAAUCAACGUAAUAAAGUACACAUUUUUUUUGUAAAUAGUUUCCCACCAUCUAUCGAUUUUUGCUGAGAUUGUCAUCACUAGUUUUAGCACCGCAGACUCUCGCUACAUGACCAACAGCUCUAUAAUGGCGAAUAUCAAACAGACACAAAAGCACUUUGACAGCUUCCAGUCCAGUGGUGUAUAGUAGAGGUCAGUGGCUGCCAAGCUAACGCGUUCUAUUUUAUUGUGACAUUCGGAAACUUGCAAAUGGCGAACGUUUACAAUUCCGUGUGUAAUCUAGUCUUCGACUUGUGUGCGGCAGUUAUUCGCGUGCUUGUUGUGUUAUCGUAGAUGUAACUUGGAUCUAGCGAGAGGGACGCCCUAACGCUAUAGAUAUAUAAUGUAAUUGUUGUUUGUUCACGGGUCACUAUUAGAACACAUAGCGAAUAAUAAUAUUGCAUAUAAUAUAGUUUUAUGAUUAAAUAAAUAUAUAUAUGUAAUCCUACAUGUCUAUUAAAUGAAUGAAAACAUA